UCCUGUCAGUCAGAAAUGAGAAGUCUGUGUUGAAGGACCAAAGGAUCAGUCCUUAUUUCCUCUGAGACACUGAAGACUGAUAAACUAUUGAACAGGAGCCGCUCUGAGAUGUUUGCGGUCCUGUUCUUCUGCGGGAUCUUGUAUGGCCCAGCCCAGGGUUGGUCUGAACCGCAGAUCAGACUGAACUCUGGCGCUCUGGCCGGUACCGAUGUGAUUCUCAGCUCUGGUUCUGUCCUACAUUUGAUCUGUGAGGGCGAAGGACCGGUGACAUGGAUUCCCCAACUGGCCAAAAACAAACGUUACAUCUCCAAAGAGGUUGGAAACAUCCGGAGUUUCCAUGUGGAAAGAGCCAAGGUGGAUUUUACAGGAACAUACAAGUGCAUCUAUAUGAAUGCAAGUUAUUCAAACGUGUCGUCUUCUGUUCAUGUGUUUGUCAGGGGUUCCCAAGAGCUCUUUUUUUCACUGAGUAAGACUCGGCCACCUGUGGCGAAAGAAGGUGAAGAUCUGUUGAUCCCGUGUCUUCUGACCGAUCCCGAUGCCACGGACUUCACGUUACGCAUGGACAAUGGCUCAGCGAUGCCUUACGGCAUGAAUGCAACCUUUGACCCCAGAAAAGGCGUCCUGAUUCGCAACGUUCAGCCUGGAUUCACCGCCGACUACGUUUGCAGUGCUAGAAUUGGAGGGGUUGAGAAAAUGUCAAAGAUAUUCAAAGUAAACAUCGUACAAAGGUUACGCUUUCCACCAUAUGUGUUCCUGAGGAGAAACGAGCAUGUGAAACUGGUGGGAGAGAGAUUACAGAUCAUUUGCACCACAAAUAACCCAAACUUUGACUAUAACGUCACAUGGACACACUCCACUAGAAAGCUGCCUCAAGCAGAAGAGAAAUCAAAGAUGCAGGGGGAUCGUUUGGCCAUCGAGAGCGUUCUGAUCAUACCGGCUGUUCAGCUGUCUGAUUCGGGGAACAUCACCUGUACGGGUCAGAACGAGGCCGGAGCGAACAGCUCCACCACACAACUGCUGGUCGUGGGCGAGCCGUACAUUCGUCUCUCCCCGAAGCUCUCAUCUAAACUCACCCACCGCGGUCUGUCCAUCGAGGUGAGGGAAGGGGACGAUGUGGAUCUUGGUGUUUUGAUCGAAGCAUAUCCUCCUCUGACCUCACACCAGUGGGUGACUCCAACAUCCCACAAUGCCUCACUCCCAGAGAACACGUUUUACAACUACAACGACAGGUACGAGGCACUGCUGUUCCUCAGGAGACUGAACUUCCAGGAGAUAGGCCGCUACACACUCCAUGUGAAGAGCAGCAUGAAAAAUGCCUCCAUUACAUUUGAUAUUAAAAUGUACAAGAAACCUGUUGCGACGGUGAGAUGGGAGAAUGUCACAACUCUGACAUGUAGGUCUUACGGAUAUCCAGCUCCCAGCAUCCUCUGGUACCAGUGCACAGGAAUCACAACCACCUGCCCAGAAAACACCACAGACCUUCAGCCCAUCCAGACGCAGACGGUGGAGUUCCUGAAGGAGCCGUACGGAUCGGUGGGUGUGGAAAGCGUCCUGACCGUGGGACCGAACCGCAGAAUGACCGUGGUUUGCGUGGCCUUCAAUCUGGUCGGCCAAGGCAGUGACACCUUCUCCAUGGACGUCUCUGAUCAACUCUUCACCAGCACCAUGUAUGGCUGUGGAGUGGCGAUGCUGGUUCUGGCGCUGCUGCUCGCCAUCAUGUUCUACAAGUACAAACAGAAACCCAGAUUUGAGAUCCGCUGGAAAAUCAUUGAAGCCACAAACGGAAACAACUACACCUUCAUAGACCCGACACAGCUUCCAUACAAUGAGAAAUGGGAGUUUCCUAGAGACAAAUUAAAGCUAGGUAAGACUCUGGGUGCAGGUGCCUUUGGGAAGGUGGUGGAGGCCACGGCGUACGGCCUGGGGAAGGAGGACAAUGUCACACGUGUUGCUGUGAAAAUGCUGAAAGCCAGCGCUCAUCCUGACGAGCGGGAGGCUCUGAUGUCAGAGCUGAAGAUCCUCAGUCACCUCGGACAGCACAAGAACAUCGUCAACCUGCUGGGCGCCUGCACACACGGCGGUCCUGUGCUGGUGAUCACAGAGUACUGUUGUCAUGGUGAUCUUCUGAACUUCCUGCGUAGCAAAGCCGAGAACUUCCUGAACUUUGUCAUGACGAUUCCAAACUUUCCAGAGCUGGCGACGGAUUAUAAGAAUGUGAACACUGAUCGAAUGUUUGUCAGAAGUGACAGUGGGAUUUCCAGCACCUGCUCUGAUAAUUAUCUGGACAUGAGACCGGCCACAUCCAGACCCACAAACUCUGUUCUUGGUUCUUCUUUUGAGUGUCAGGCAGAAGAUUCGUGGCCGCUCGACAUGGACGACUUACUCAGAUUCUCCUAUCAGGUGGCGCAGGGACUCGACUUCCUCGCGGCUAAAAAUUGCAUUCACAGAGAUGUGGCGGCCAGAAACGUUCUGCUCACCAACAGUCGAGUGGCCAAGAUCUGUGAUUUCGGACUGGCACGAGACAUCAUGAAUGAUUCCAACUACGUGGUCAAAGGAAAUGCCCGACUUCCAGUGAAGUGGAUGGCUCCAGAGAGUAUUUUCGAAUGCGUUUAUACAGUUCAGAGUGACGUCUGGUCUUACGGCAUUCUGCUGUGGGAGAUUUUUUCACUGGGUAAGAGCCCGUAUCCCAACAUCCUGGUGGACUCGAAGUUUUAUAAAAUGAUCAAAUGUGGCUAUCAGAUGACCAGACCUGACUUUGCAUCUCCAGAGAUGUACACUAUCAUGAAGAUGUGCUGGAACCUGGAAGCCGCUGAGAGACCAACAUUCAGCAAGAUCGGUCAGAUGAUCGAGAGGAUGCUGGGAGAUGCACCUGACGAACAGGAGACAGAGUACAAAAAUCUCCAGUCUGAAGAGCCUAGUGACGAACAACCAGAGUCAUGUGACCCUGUGAAGCCUGAAGAGGAGACAAAUGAGACAUCAUGCGACCAGGAAGAAGAAGAUCAGCCACUCAUGAAAGCUAACAACUACCAGUUCUGCUGAGUUCGGCAUAGCUAACUGCCAGAUCUUCUUUCUGUACGUCAAUAAUAGUAGCAGACACACGCAUGUAAACAGAGAUCUGAAGCGCCUACAUUCAUGCUAUCUGUGGAAGCUUAUUUCCGCCACAGAAUAAAAAAGAAACUGUGACUUUUUUCUCACAACCGCGAGUUUAUAUCUCACAAUGAUGACUUUGUUUUUCUUGCAAUUGCGAGUUUAGAUCACACAAUUCUGUCUUUUUCUCUCGUAAUUCCAAGUUUAUGAGAAAAAAAGUCAGAAUUGUUAGAUUAAAAAGUUGCAGUUACCUUUUUAUUUUUUUUUGGUCCAUGGUAAAAACAGGCUUCCAUAGUCAUCAAACACAGUCUCGGUGUGAUUUUACACGCACUGAUUUUGUUGCUCUGCUUGAAUAAUCUUGUAAACACUCAAGUUUGUCUUCUAAGAUUAAGAUUAACAUACGUUGUUUGAACAUGAGCUGGUUUCACUUCUCUGCGAAGAGCAAGAGCAGAAAAACUCCACACCUCGAAUUUGCUUGUCGUGCGACAUGCCUUUUUGGUAAACGUGUCUUUUUUUGUUACUUGAACUUCUCGGUUGUCAAGAUUGAAAAUCAGCGUGUUCAGCAUUUUACAAGAGAAAUAUUGUAUUUGCAAACGCUGUGUGUUUCACUUCCACUUUAUACUUUUGCAAUUAUUGAAAAACUCACAAACAAACAAACAUGAUGUGCAUCUGCAUCACACGUAACUCUCCUAAUCGGGAUAUAUCAGCUCGGGUUUGCGUUUCAUGCAGGAUCAGUGGAGGUCAAAGGUCAGAUAUGAAAUGAUUCAUCUGCUCUGGGAGCUGUCAGUUUGUCUUCUGCUCUAGUUCUUACUCAAUCCUUGUAGGAAAACACAGUAUUUUAUUGCUUCCCACGGAGAUUACGGUGCUUUGGAGUGAUAGCGCGAGGUCAGCGCAGGUUUGGAGGACAGAUUCACGUCUCCAGCGGGUGAAAUAUUGACAUACUGUGGGUGCAAUAAUGUGGACCGAUAGUUGUCUUAUUUCUGCAGAUAGCUGUGGGUCAAAGGUUAAAUGCAUUCUCAUUAAGCCACAACCUUAAAAAGCAUUAGAAAUAGCAAGGAAAACAAUGACUGACGACCGCGCAGAAACCAUUUUAGGAAGAAAAACCAUUUGCUUUUUCCUGGAACAUAAAAUGAAAGGUAGACAAGUUUCGUUUCUUUUUAAUAUGGACAUUUACACUGAAAGAACACGUUCUUUCUCAGUAUUUUUGACUUGUUCUCAAGUACAAAUUUCAAAACAUUCUUAAAUCAAGAUAAAUUUACUUGUGAAGAAAAAUUACUUGUUUAUUGUUUACUGAAAAAAUGUAUCAAAAUUAAGUGAGUUUUUGCUUAAAAAAUAUCGGUAACACUUUACAAUAAGGUUUCAUUUGUUAACAUUCUACAGCAUUUAUUAAUCUUAGGUAAUCUCAACAUUUACAUCUACUACAUUUUUAAGAUCAGUAGUUGUAUUAACUGUGAACUAACAUGAACAUGAACAUUUUUAUUAACUAACAUUUAGUUAAUGUUAGUUAAAUACAUUGCUCAUUGUUAGUAAUGCAUUAACUAAUGUUAACAAAUUAGACUUUAUUGUAAAGUGUUACCAAAAUGUCAGUUGGAUCAGAAAAAAAUCUUUUCCCUUUGAAUUAAGUUUAUUUUUCUGACCACAAACACAGAUAUUUUUUUUUUUGUUUUAAGCAUAAACUCACUUCAUUUUGAUAUUGACAUUUUUUCAGAAAACAAAACUUAAUAUCAUAAAUCAAGGUCCAUUUACUUGAGAAGCAAAAUUACUUAAGAAUGAGAUAUUUGUAAUGGGAAAACAAGGCAAAAAUCUUUAUUAUUAUUAUUAUUAUUAUUAUUUGCAGUGUAAACUCGAAGGAUUUAUAUGGCAGAAAUGUUUUAAGCUGAAUGGCAAAUUAUGUUUUCAAACUUACUACUUUCGUCAAACUCAAAAAUUGUGAGGAGAAAAAAAAAAUUGUUUUGUUCUGUAGUUUCUUAAUCAUUUGAAAUGGUUCUCAAAGCAAAUUGUAGCAUCAGACACACACUGCCAGAGUAACUUUAGGUUGCUUCAAAAAUGUGAUUUUUUUUCUCUCUCAAAGUACAAACUGCCAUAUGUUUAUAUUUUAUCCUUUUUUUUUUUUUACCUUUAUUCUUAUGCAACAAUUUUUUUUAUUGUUUAAUUAUAUGAGAUUUCAAAAUAAUGAUAUAGUAUGUCUUUCAAUAAUGUCAUAAUGAUGUCUUUCUGAGCGCUUAUCUAUAUGUAAAUUAUCUAUGUGCAUAUCUUUAUGUAUAUUAAUAGUUCCCAUGAUGCUCUCAUUAAUGAAUUCUGCACCAUGGAUAUCUACAGAUCUGUAUAUUUUUGUUUUGCUACUGAAAGCUACUAAUAAAGCACGGAAAUGUCACGUGAUGUUGUUUUUAUCACUGAAAAUGCAGUUUAUUGAGAGCGACCGUGAGGUCACUCGGUGUCAGUGGAUUCAGCUGCUGCUUGAGUGAUCAAGUCAAACACAAACUUAUAAUUGAGUCAGAGUCUGUCAUGUCAGAUCAAAAUGCACUCAAUAAAUACUUCAACUUGUCAAAGAGUAUUUCUAUGCAUGAAAAAGCUGUUAAAAUAUGAAAUGAAAAUAAAUACUGUUGGUUUUCUGCCUGUA